AUGUUCACCAGUUCGAUAUUACUGCUGAGUUCAGCAGUCGGUGCCUACAGCUCGUACCUAAAUUCUAAGACGAAAGAAUUUGCUGUCAAUGGGACGGGCUUGCCGGAAGUCGACUUCGACAUUGGUGAAUCGUAUGCCGGGUAUCUGUCUAACAGACCGUCGGGUGACUCGAAUCUCUACUUUUGGUUCUUUCCAUCCACCAACCCUGAUGCUUCCGAGGAGAUCACUAUCUGGCUGAAUGGAGGCCCUGGAUGUACUUCCCUUGCCGGAUUGCUUCAAGAGAACGGCCCGUUCCUCUGGCAGCCCGGCACUUCCGUCCCUUUCCAGAACCCAUAUUCCUGGAACAACCUGACCAACAUAGUCUAUGUGGAUCAGCCGGCAGGCACGGGCUUAUCGCUGGGUCCUGCAACUGUAUGGAAUGAAGAAGAUGUUGCGAAACAAUUCAUCGAUUUCUGGAAACGUUUCGUGGAUACAUUCGACCUGAAGAAUCGCAAGGUUUACCUCACCGGGGAGAGCUACGCCGGAAUGUACAUUCCCUACCUCGCCUCUGCUAUGCUCGACAAGGAAGAUUCGGAGUAUUUUGAUGUCUCUGGGAUUUUGUUGUAUGAUCCACUCAUCAACGAACAGAACUCGCAGUUCAACCCUCCCGCGGUGCCCAUGAUCAACCACUACCAGCCAGUCCUGGGUCUGAACGAAACCUUCAUGCACCAGAUCAACAGCCGUCACAGGGACUGCGGCUACGCUGAUUUUAUGGACCAGGCUCUCCAGUUCCCUCCAUCCGGCGCUCUGCCGCCUGCCCCCAGCGCCGACCGACCCGGAUGUGACAUUUGGACCGACAUCGUCGACGCAGCCACCUACGUGAACCCAUGCUUCAACAUCUACCACAUCACCGACUUCUGCCCCGUCCUCUGGAACGUGAUGGGCUUCCCAACCACCGACGCCGGCCCCAGCAACUACUUCAACCGCAGCGACGUCCAGAAAGCCAUCAACUCCCAGCCGAUCGACUUUCACGCCUGCUCGCUAGACGACAUCUUCCAGGGCGAAGAUAACGAGGAUCAGUCCGAGCCCAGUGCUCUGGGGCCCUUGCCGAGCGUGAUCGAACGCACCAACAACACCAUCAUCGGACACGGGCUGCUGGACUUCCGCUUGAUCGCGAACGGCACCCUCGCUACAAUCCAGAACAUGACCUGGAACGGGAACCAGGGUUUCCAGAAGCCCCCGACGGAGUCAUUAUUCGCUCCAUACCAUCCCUUCUAUGGAAAGGCGGCGCGAACGGAUACCGAUGAAGAUCGGCCCUUGACUCACGACGCUGGCUCCGGCUUCCUGGGCACUACUCACACCGAGCGCGGCUUAACUUACACCACAGUGGAUCUCUCUGGGCACCAGGUCCCGCAAUACUCUCCUGGCACCGCUUUCCGGCAUCUUGAGUUCCUUCUCGGACGCAUUGACAGUCUUUCUGAGAUUACCAAAACUUUCUCCUCUGGGACCGGAUAG